CGCUUCCGAGACGAGACUUUAAACGAGAUUAACACACAGAGAGGAGAACUACUCAACUACUGCUCUGCUCAUUAGCGCGUUUUAUUGGACUAUUACCGGACAGCACGCGGGACAGCUGCACGCGCACCGGUGACGUUAUUAAUCAGCCAAGAAGCUUCACAACAUUUUGCGGGUUUACCUGAAGAGGACAACCAUGCUGCACCUCUGCUGCCUCGUGCUGCUUUUAUCUGCCUCUGUCUUCUCAGAGUCGCAGGUGAGGGAGACGGAGACGUGGAUGCCCAUGAAGACCACACAGACCGCCGCCUUGUCGACGCGCGACGUCGAGUCUUCGGGAGACGCUCAGAACGGCUCCGACUUCGGCUUCACGGACGACGGUGAAGACGACGAAGAUUAUUACGACUCGUACGACGAUGACGAUGAGGACGAGGAGUACGACGAGUUCUCCGGAUCUGGGGACGGAGCAGCGACUGAGACUCCUGAACGAGACAUCAGGCCGUCAGAGAAGCCCGACUCAAACUCCAACAAGAUCCCCGAUGUGGAGCGUCCGGCGCGGCCCACCGUCAACGAGCUGGACGCCGUUAACGGUAACGAGAUUCCUCUGCUGAGGAACGAGCCGGAGCAGGAGUACCCGCCCAACGUGCUCAUGUCUCACGCUGGAGAGGGAAGCAUCUUCAACAAGACCGAGGUCCUCGCAGCUGUGAUCGCGGGCUGCGCCGUCGGCCUGAUGUUCGCCGUCCUGCUCACGCUCUUCCUCAUCUACCGCAUGAAGAAGAAGGAUGAGGGAAGCUACGAUUUGGGGAAGAAGCCGAUCUACAAGAAAGCGCCAACCACAGAGAUCUACGCAUAGACCCUAAAAAAAAA